UCUUUCUCUGAUUAGUUUUGCUUAUUCUGUAAUCUUGAGGGUUCUGUUGAAAAUCAGCUUUCUUGGAUUCCCUUUUGUUUGCCAUCGAUGGAUAAGACCAGUAAGGUUCAUCUUGUAUCCAUUAUCAUCUCGUUGUCCUUCAUCUUUUUAUUUCGUGUGGUUUGUGCCGACAAUUCAUCGUUUGUUCCCGCUGACAAGAUCCUCUUGAGUUGUGGUGCACACGGUGAUACUGUGGAUACGGACGGUCUGAGAUGGACCUCUGACAUCGGUUCCAAGUUUGUGGCCACUGGUGAUAACUCAUUAGCAUCCCCAGCUGCUACUCAAAAUCCCUCUGUUCCUGAAGUCCCUUACAUGACUGCAAGGAUCUUCCACUCUGAAUUCACUUACAGCUUCCCUGUUGCCUCUGGUCGCAAAUUUGUCCGUCUCUAUUUCUACCCGGAUUCUUAUUCUGGCCUCAAUGUCUCUAAUGGGCUCUUUACUGUCACCUGCGGGCAAUAUACUCUACUCAAAAACUUCAGUGCUUCCCAGACCACUCAGGCUCUGAAUUACGCAUUCAUCAUCAAAGAAUUCUCAGUUAAUGAAGAUAGUGAAAGAUUGAACCUUACUUUCACACCAUCAAAGGCUUCCAAUACCUAUGCCUUCGUGAAUGGGAUUGAGAUUGUGUCAAUGCCUGACAUAUAUAGUACUGCAAAUGAAAAUGUGUUUAUCGUUGGCGAAGGUGCUCCAUUCUCCAUUGAUAACAGUACUGCACUUGAGAAUGUUUUUCGGCUAAAUGUUGGUGGAAAUGAUAUUUCACCGACAGGCGAUACUGGCAUGUUGAGGUCUUGGUCCGAUGAUUCGCCAUAUAUCUUUGGUGCAGCGAUCGGUGUGACUGACACGGCAAACUCCACAUCCGCAAUUCAAUACCCCAAAGGCAUGCCUAGCUAUGUUGCACCAGUGAAUGUAUAUGCCACCGCUAGAUCGAUGGGUCCAGAUCCAAAUGUCAAUAUAAAUUACAAUCUGACAUGGAUUUUCCCAGUUGACUCAGGGUUUUUCUACCUGGUGAGGCUUCAUUUCUGUGAGUUUGAGUACACCCAGAUUAAUCAGAGGGUGUUCGACAUCUUCCUCAAUAAUCAGACUGCAGAGAAAGCGGCAGACGUGAUUGCUUGGACUCAAGUGAGCGAAGUUCCUCUCUAUAAGGAUUAUGUGGUGCUCAUUCCAAAGGGGGAAGGCCAGCAGGAUAUGUGGCUUGCACUGCAUCCUAAUAAGAAAUCAUUGCCCAAUUAUUAUAACGCGCUCUUAAAUGGAUUGGAGAUUUUUAAGGUGAAUGAUUCCACUGGAAACCUUGCUGGGCCUAAUCCGAUUCCCCUUCCGGUGCAGGAAGUGAUAAACCCAUCUUUGGCUUCUCCAUCUUCUAGUUCAGGUGGCUCAAAGAAUCAUGCUGCAGUCAUCGCUGGAAGUGUUAUAGGUGGCAUCAUUGUUGUCUGUCUCCUUUGUUUUAUUGUGUUUGCUGUGUCACGACGCAAGAGGCAAAAGAAGGAGUCCAGUUCUAGUGAUGGACCAUCUGGCUGGCUUCCUCUUUCGCUCUAUGGAAAUUCACACUCUGCGGGAUCUGCCAAGACAAACACUACAGGAAGCUAUGCUUCUUCCCAUCCUUCAAACCUUUGUCGCCACUUCUCAUUUGCUGAAAUCAACGCUGCUACCAAAAACUUUGACGAGGCAUUACUCCUUGGUGUAGGUGGUUUUGGCAAGGUCUACAAGGGUGAAAUUGAUGGUGGAACCACUAAGGUAGCAAUCAAGCGUGGGAACCCACUCUCUGAGCAGGGUGUACAUGAAUUCCAGACAGAAAUUGAGAUGCUUUCAAAGCUAAGACACCGCCACCUGGUCUCAUUGAUUGGUUACUGUGAAGAGAACUGUGAAAUGAUCCUUGUUUAUGAUUACAUGGCUCAUGGGACACUUCGGGAGCACCUCUACAAGACCCAAAAACCACCACUCCCAUGGAAGCAAAGGCUUGAAAUCUGCAUUGGAGCUGCAAGGGGAUUACACUACCUCCACACCGGUGCCAAACACACUAUCAUCCACCGAGAUGUCAAGACGACGAACAUCCUCUUGGAUGAGAAGUGGGUAGCAAAGGUUUCAGAUUUUGGGUUGUCAAAGACAGGACCAACAUUGGAUCACACGCAUGUUAGCACUGUUGUAAAGGGUAGCUUUGGGUAUUUGGAUCCGGAGUAUUUCCGACGGCAGCAGCUCACAGAUAAGUCAGAUGUUUACUCAUUUGGGGUGGUACUAUUUGAGAUCCUGUGUGCACGGCCGGCAUUGAAUCCAACAUUGCCGAAGGAGCAGGUGAGCUUGGCAGAAUGGGCCUUACAUUGCCAGAAGAAAGGGAUCCUUGACCAGAUUAUGGAUCCAUAUCUGAAGGGGAAAAUUGCGCCAGAGUGCUUCAAGAAGUUUGCAGAGACAGCAGAGAAGUGUGUGGCAGAUCAGGGGAUCGACCGGCCAUCAAUGGGUGAUGUGCUGUGGAACCUUGAAUUUGCAUUACAGUUGCAGGAGAGCUCCGAGGAGACUGGUGGGAUUCAGAGUGACGUCGACAUGGAGGGCACCCCAUUCAAGAAAAGCAGUGGGGGAAAGGACCCAGAUGGGUAUGAGAGGAACAUUACGGAUUCAAGUAGCAGUGGGAUGACAAUGAGCAUUGGAGGCCGAAGCCUUGGGAGUGAGGACUCGGAUGGUUUGACACCCAGUGCAGUGUUCUCACAGAUAAUGAACCCCAAAGGACGUUGAGAACUCUGCCGGAAGCCUACCCC